UUCCCACGACCGCACGGCUCGCGACCAUGCCCGACCCAUCCAAGUCCGCGCCAGCGCCCAAGAAGGGCUCCAAGAAGGCGGUGACCAAGGCGCAGAAGAAAGACGGCCGCAAGCGCAGGCGCGGCCGCAAGGAGAGCUACUCCAUCUACGUGUACAAGGUGCUCAAGCAGGUGCACCCCGACACCGGCAUCUCGUCCAAGGCCAUGGGCAUCAUGAACUCCUUCGUCAACGACAUCUUCGAGCGCAUCGCCAGCGAGGCGUCGCGCCUGGCGCACUACAACAAGCGCUCGACCAUCACGUCGCGCGAGGUGCAGACGGCCGUGCGCCUGCUGCUGCCCGGCGAGCUGGCCAAGCACGCCGUGUCCGAGGGCACCAAGGCCGUCACCAAGUACACCAGCUCCAAGUGAUGCGCGCGGCGCGCACCCAAAGGCUCUUUUCAGAGCCACCUCCGAGCUCGAUAAAGGAGCGUGUCACCUGGUCGAGGUCAUGGGGGAAGGGACGCAGCACCGCGAGGCUGGCUUGGGCGGGUUUGGGGUACAGGCCACGGGUUCGGGUGCCGAGCUG